CGGCCCCCUACCGGCCCCCAGCCUGCCCCCUCCCCUCACCCCAGCCUCCCGCCGCCUGCGUCCAGCCGCGCCCUGCCGCCCGCAGCUUCUCCUGCACUGUCUUCACCUUCGGCCAGACGGGCUCCGGGAAGACCUACACCCUGACCGGGCCUCCUCCGCAGGGAGAGGGUGUGCCCGUACCCCCCAACCUAGCUGGCAUCAUGCAGAGGACCUUCACCUGGCUGUUAGACCGGGUGCAGCACCUGGGCGCUCCUGUUACCCUCCGUGCCUCCUAUUUGGAGAUCUACAACGAGCAGGUUCGAGACCUUCUGAGCGUGGGCUCUCCCCGGCCCCUCCCUGUUCGCUGGAACAAGACCCGGGGCUUCUAUGUGGAGCAGCUGCGGGUGGUGGAGUUUGGGAGUCUGGGGGCCCUGAUGGAACUUCUGCAAAUGGGUCUUAGCCGCCGACGGAGCUCAGCUCACACCCUGAACCAGGCCUCCAGCCGAAGCCAUGCCCUGCUCACGCUCUACAUCAGCCGUCAAACUGUGAGUGUCCCCACGUGGGGAAGGAGCUGGCCCAGGGCCACCCAGCCAGGGUCUGCCUCUGGAUGUAGAAAGCGACUUGGGCAUGUGCCAGAGGUAAUGGUGGAAAUCGUUGGCUUUGUGCCUUUGGUGGGGACGGCCCCUGCCGAGUCCCUGUCGAGCCCUGAUCCCCCUGCCCCACAGAUGCCUCCAGGUGACCCCGGGGAGCCCCCCGUGGGGGGGAAGCUGUGCUUUGUAGACCUGGCUGGCAGUGAGAAGGUGGCAGCCACAGGAUCCCGCGGGGAGCUGAUGCUUGAGGCGAACAGCAUCAACCGGAGCCUGCUGGCCCUGGGUCACUGCAUCUCCCUGUUGCUGGACCCACAGCGGAAGCAGAGCCACAUCCCCUUCCGGGACAGCAAGCUCACCAAGCUGCUGGCAGACUCGCUGGGGGGACGCGGGGUCACCCUCAUGGUGGCCUGCGUGUCCCCUUCAGCCCAGUGCCUUCCUGAGACUCUCAGCACCCUGCGAUACGCAAGCCGAGCCCAGCGGGUCACCACUCGGCCACAGGCCCCCAAGUCGCCUUCGCCUACGGCAAAGCAACCCCAGCGUUUGGAGAUUGAGAUAUUGCAGCUCCAGGAGGAGAACCGUUGUCUGCGGUCCCAACUGGGGCAAAUAGACCCCAAGGCCUCAAGGCUCAGUGGGGCUCGGGUGGCCUGGGCCCAGCGGAACCUCUAUGGGAUGCUACAGGAGUUCAUGCUGGAGAAUGAGAGGCUCAGGAAAGGACAGAGCCAGCUGCAGAGUAGCCGGGCCCGGGCCUGGGAUGAGCAGCGCGUCCUGGCCCAGCAGGUCCAGGAGCUGGAGCGGCGCCUCCUCUGUGCCUGCAACCGUCACCAGCCACACCCUGGCCCAGCCCCACCGUGUCCCUGUGUGACGGCACCGGCUCCCCGAUGCCACGCCCUGCCACCCCUCUGCUCCUGCUGCCACCUGUGCCCCCUGUGCCGAGCGCCACUGGCCCACUGGGCCUGCGCAUGUAGGGAGCUCCACCUGCCCCAGGUGUUUGGCCCUAAGGCCCCAGGGGGCGUGCCCCUGUCUGCCCAGCCCCCACCCUGGGCACCCCCAUGCGACCCUGGCUCUGCCAAGUGUCCGAGAGAGAGGAGUCCUAGCGACUGGUCUCAGACCCGAGUCCUGGCAGAGAUGCUGAUGGAGGAGGCGGUGGUACCCUCUGCACCACCCCUGCCCGUGGGGCCCCCGGACACGUCACCAGUGCUGCGAGGUGGGGCUGCGGUUCCAAACCUGGCCCGGAGACUGGAGGCCCUCAGAGACCAAAUUGGCAGCUCCCUGCGUCGCGGCCGGAGCCAGCCACCCCCCAGCGAGGCUACACGGAGCCCCAGCCGAGUCCUCCCUCCCUGCUGAGGGCAAGGCAGAAACCGGGAGGCCACCGCGUGACCUUGGUCUGGGCUCUGUGCUCCCGGGCUUCAGUCCCCCCAUCUGCUCAAUGGGGACAGCAGCUGCCCGCUCCCCUCUGCAGCGGCACCGGGCACAGGGUUGUUCCUAAGGGCUGCGGGUAGGGCGGGUGGGCAGGUGGGGGGAGCAGAGGGAGGCUGCCGCCCCAGACGGGGAGAGAUGAGACUGCAUUCGGAGAAGCCAGGCCGCGGGUGAUGAAGUAGACGAAUAAAGAGAGGUGCCGGCUCCCAGUGCGGCGGGGCCUGUCUCCGGCCGGCGUUGGGCACUGCAGGGAGGCACCCCGGAGACGAGGGGCUCUCGGCAGAGGUGCGUGCCCCUGCUGAUCACGAAUAGUCCAGGGUGCCAUCUCCUUCGUAGAGGGCACAGCGUUAAUGGAGCAACUACUGCAUGCACCAGGGCAGACGUGGGGAGAUCAGAGGGUGAGCGUCUCGGUGCGGGAGCUGGAGGGAGACCGGUUCCAGCUCGCUGUCUGUGCCGGUUGCAGGGGCCCUGGUGCCAGAGGGGUCGUGAGGUCUGAGUUCUGAUGCCACAGGCUUGCCCGGACGUUGGGCAGGCCUUGAACCCUCCCUGGAUCACUUCCUUGUAUUCAGCCAGUUAGAUGGGGGUGAGGCUCCUUUCUGUGGGGUUCAAGUGUGGGUCAGGAGGUGAAGAAUAUCAGGAUGCCGGUAGGAUGCAGCGGGUCUGCAGUUAGGGGGAAGUCCAGAUGCAGCAUGAGAAAUUGGGGGUGCCAGCGGGAGGCUCAUCUAACUCCUCCAUUUUAUAGUCAGGGAAACUGAGAUCCACAGGGCCCGUUCCUGCCUUAGUUCGCUCAUUCAUUCAUUCAACACUCCUGGCAUCAACGCAAACCAGGGGGGUGAACAGGACUGACGAGGGACACGCUGGCUUUGCCCAGGAAGCUCACACUGGCCGGGUAUUGAAAGGCAAGAUGUGUGGCUGAGCAUUCAGGGUGUUCAACAGUAGAGACUCAGUGGAAGGAGGCAGAGCCGGGGACGUGGGGUAAUGACCAGACGACACAGGCCACCGGGCUCGGCAGAGUGGGCUGUGGUUAGGUCCCCAGACUGAACCACACACGUGCAGAUCUCGCCUCCUCACUUAACCGUGAGUGAUCCUGGGCAAAUGACUUCACUGCUCCGAACCUGAGUCCUCUCCUCUCAGGAUGGAUACAAUAGUAAUACCCCCUCACUGGCCAGUCGUGGGGAUUAAAUCCACUUGUGGAUGGAAAGAGUGCAGCACAAGGUUUUGCUGGUUGCAGACAAGUUAGCCAAAAGCAACUUUCAGCCAAUAUGACCAUUUGAUGAAAUCGAUUAUCUGGGUUCAAAAAAAAUUCGUUCCACAAAUCCCUAUGGAGAAUCCACUUUGGGCCAGCCUUGAACAAAAUCUAAGAAUCCUUACUGUCCCCAAACACAGACCAAAAAAAAAAAAACAAAAACAAAGGGCAGAAUAGAGGGAACUCAGUGAUAAAUGCCAUGGAGCAAAAUCUAGCAGGGAGGUCCAUCUGCCAGGGUGGGUGCAAUUCAGAAUAGGGGGCAUCAGGAAAGGUCUUAUGCAGGUGACAUUCACUCAGAGACCAGAAGGAGCGGAGGAGGGUGAACCUGGUUAGUGCCAUAAAGUCGUUUUUUCCUACUCUGAGUAAUUGUGGUGCCACCUGGGCUCCGGUGGCUCGGCAGGCUUGAGCCUGGGCACCCCCCCUCCCCAGAGCCCUUCUCUCUCUUUCACACUAUGGGGGCCCUGCUUGCUGGGAGGUCCCCAGCCCCCGGUGGGAAAGGCCCCUGGCUCUGAGCGUGAGAGCUUUCCUCAGCUGCCUUGGGAGCGUGGACAGGGACCACCCAGGGGGACCCUGGCUAUUGCUGGUCCAUUUCGUGUUUGGAUGAUUCCUUCUUCUGCUGGAGCCAGCCCCGAUUUUCCAGUUUCCUAGUUCCAGCUCAGCAAAACCCCCACUUACUUUCCCAGAGAUAGACUCAAGGAGACCAGUCUCCGGCACCCCAUCCACUAGGCCAUGUGUCCAUCUCCGGGUCAACAUCCUUGCUCUAGAACUGCCCCUUUCCCAGAAUCCUGAAACCCUGGCGGAAUUCCAGAGGACCCCAGUAAUGUGUCAAGACUUUUCGAGUCCAGUGGUCCUUACUGAAAGCUUGAGGACUCCAGAGGGCACUUCUGGAGCCCUGAAAGCUAUAGGGCUUCCCGAGGAUGCUGGAAUCGGGGGCCGUUCUCUGGCCCCUUGAAGUGGGGUGGUCACCCUCCAGCACUGUCAAGCUUAGAAGGCCUCUGAUCAGAAUUGAGGGAAGCUCUAGGAAAUCCUGGAGCACUGUAGGCAUUUUCCAGAAUCGCAGAUUCUUAAGUGAUCUCUCAGAAAUUUUAAAACUGUGUGUAGAAAUUGGGAACGAUUCUCUGGACUCUCUACCUGGGGAGGGAGAUGUUCAGCAGAGCUUGGAAGGCCAUCCACGAGUUUCUAGAAUGCUGGCAAAUCUAGAGAUGAAUCUAGAUGUCUAGAGCCCUGGCUGAAUUCUCCAGAUCCUUGGGGACCCUCCGUCUCAGCCAGUGCAGGAACAGGAGUAUGGCCGGAAGCAUCCCUGUAGGACACACGCUUAAGGAAGAGCACGCCUGAGUGUCCUUGUCCUUCUUUUGAGGUCUCCUAUGGGCGAUCCACCCCAAGAUAGACCCCACCAGGUGCAGACAGCGUGAGAGAGUGUGAGGACCCCCCUGCCAAGAAGUCUCACUCCCGUCUGUCUGCUCUGGCCACACCAGCCUUCUUUCACCUCCCAGACGGGUCCUGCCUUCUCUUGGGGUCUUCCUUCCCUCUGUCUAAUGACACAUUAGCCCCAGAUUCCUAUUCGGUUUAUACGCAGCAGGUUGAUUGGAGCCCCUCUGAAGGAUACAUCCCCUCUGUGUUCUCUUAGAUGACGUCUUCUGUCGUCAUGUCCUUGUUGAGCUUCCCGACUCCCCUUUAUUUUAAUGGUGGGGCACGGUGGUGCGUGUCGAGUGGCGGGGGGCGGGGGUCUUGCUAUGAAGCGAGGAGCAACAGCCCCCGGAAGGUGUGAGCAGGUGGUGCCGUAGUUAGCAGGGGCGGAGUCACGCGCCAGGGCUCGAAGCCUGCCCUGCAGCCCACCGCCUGUGGGAGCCCCUCCAGCCCCACCCAGGCCGGCCAGCAAGGAAGACCUGUGAAAGUCGGCCAGGGUGUCGGCCUCAGGAGCCUUCACGUAGCCCACGCUGUAACCACACGGUCUCGCACUCAUCACCCCCUUACUAGGUCCCUCCGGAAGGCCGGGCCUGCUCUGCUGGCCAUCAGGCUGGAGGUCUGGGUGGCUCCAGGCUUCAGAACAUUGGGCAGACGCACCCUCUCUCUCGGCCUCAGUCUGUCCGACUUACGGCUGUGGGAGCCUGGGCGAGGUACUUAACCUCUCUGAACCUCAGGCUUUCUCUGGAAAGUGGGGAUAAGGUUGGUUUAUCCUGUGAGAAGUCAGUGAGCGCUCAUAGAGGGUAUGAGAUGAGGAUUAAAAGUGACUUCACAGGGGCACCUGGGUGGCUCAGUCGUUAAGCGUCUGCGGGAAGCCUGCUUCUCCCUCUCCCACUCCCCCUGCUUGUGUUUCCCUCUCUCGCUGUCUCUCUCUCUCUCUCUGUCAAAUAAAUAAAUAAAAUCUUUAAAAAAAAAAAAAGUGACUCCACAUAAACCGAUGAGGACACAGCCUAGCCCCUGGUCUGUGCUGCAUAAAUGCUGAUCGGUAUUACUGUUGUUGUUAUGAAUAAUGGAAGCUCUCAGCACAUGCGUGCCAUGUGCCUGUCCUUGCAGGAGAGGACCUGUGUCAAUACCUGCUCUCCGGUCAUUUCAGACCAGAUAGCCUCUCCGCUGGCUCCUUGCUACAAGGUGACUCUUCGAACGUGGAUUCUUGUGGGGAGAGAGUGGCCAUCCAGGACUGUUGCCCGGUGCAAGAGCCAGGGAAGAGUCCCCGCGGCUCUUCCAGGGCUCAUUGAGAGACAUUCAUUUGUCUCCAUUGAAGAAGGGCCAGGGGGGACUUUCCAAAAAGUCUGGCUUGCCUCAAGGUUUUGGAAAAGAGCUAUUUUAGUCCAUCUGAGGACAUUGGGUGAUAUCAGCUCGGUCAGCCAAGAGUCAGGGCAGGUCCCUGGAGGUCCUGCUUUAAUGGACAGAUAAGACCAGCCUGCAAAGAGCAGGAAAAUGCCUGUGUCCUCUUCCUGGACACAGGCCGGUCUUUGGAAGGUUACUCCUUUGGGAAAACCCCCUCCUUCAGUAGUGCGAAGGGAGCCAGAUGGGCCACAAGCGCUGUCCCUUGGAUCUCAAGGACACUCAGCCCCAGAGUGUCUCGCUUUGCGAGCUGCUUCUCCAGGCCAAGCCUGCCUCUCCCACAGUCGGGAAGCGAGACUGACAACAUCUAAGGGCACUCUUUGCUCCGCUCUCUUCAAGGAGCGAGAACGUGACCUGCCCUUCAUCAUUUCAUUCCUCCACACCCCAUGGGCUCCUCUUAACCCCAUUUAACAGAGGGAAGAACUCAGAUCCAGAAAGGGGAAGUCACUUAGGAUCACAUAGGCAGGAAGGGGGCACAGCCGUGACUGGGACCCGGGUCUGUUCGGGUGCGAAGUUCAACCUCUUGACCGUCACUCUGCUAAACAAAGCUCGAGAGUCCUCCCGGCCACGGCACACAGACCAAUUCAAAACUGGGGACACAAGGAAACGCCACCGCCGAGCAGUCUCUUUGCCUUUUGGACUGUCUCCUUGAGCGUUCCAAUCAUGUACUAAGCAUUAUUUAAGGACUUAGAGCAGUGAUUCCAAUCCUCCAGCCUCCCUCAGCUGCCUUCUAGUUGGGUGGUCCUUCUCGGGGUCUGACCUACAUUCUCCUUUGCAGUUCUAAGUCCACUGGUGUGUGUUCAUUGAGCACCUGCCAAGUGCCCGGCAUACUGCUGGGCCCCAGCGAGGAGGAGAUGGGUUAGGUCUUGGUGUGGCAGGCACGGAGCAUGCUCUUCGCUGGGGAAGGGAGACACAGACACGUGUGAGCUUGACUCCUGCAGGGAGCAGGCCGGUGGAGGGGGAUGACCCCCCUCCCUGCUCCAGGUGUCUGAAAGAACAGGGCCCAAGGUCCCGUUUAGGAGGAGACAGGGUCUGGGAGGUCAGCAGAGUGAUGCAGGUGUCAGGGAGACAGAUCCGAGUUCAGAUCACGACUCAUUGCCUGGAUGACCUUUGACACCUGUUCACUUGAGCUCUUAGCCUCAGUUUCCUUAUCCGUAAUACAGAACCACCGUUGUAGUAGAGUGAUGGAGCCUUAACAGGGGACUCAGUAAGAUGUGCUUUUGGGGCGCCCGGCCUGGGGCCCGGCACACGGUAGGAACUGAAUCCAGCUUUGUGGCCUAGAGCAGUGGCAGCCAAGUCUGGUUCACUGAGGGAAUCUCAGGAAACCGUCUGCAACAGGGCACCAUCUAAGCAUCCAGCUCUGUAGUUAGGUGGGGGAUAGGCAAGGUAGAGGCGAAUGUUCUAGGGAAUCCCAGGGGAUUUGGAGCAGUCCUGGGGCAAGGAAGGCUGGGUUCUAGCGCUGGUUCUACCGCCUCUCUGGGCCUUUGCUCUAGGCCUCGGGCUCCUGGUCUGUGUGGAGCCAUCUGAGUGAACCUGGACGGUCUUUCUAGAAGUUCUUUGCUGCCCUCUAGCGGACAUGGGCACUCUCACCUCCCGGCAGCAUAAUUACUGCAUGUCUGGAGCCCUUACCUGGGACCCCAGGCUACGUGCCUGUGAGGACGCAGGUCUUUCCACUGCAUACACUUGGGGAGCAGGGAGGACGUUCACAGGUGUCCCUCACUGUAUGUUACCAUCGUUUGCAGGCCUAGAUGAGGAAGGUGAGAUCAGGGAAGGAAAAGCCUGCCCCCAUAGUCACCUGGCAAAUCACAAGGGCUGGGGCUCAAGGCUGUCGGUGGCCUAGCUCUUUGGGAUGGGUGGGGAAGAAGUAAAGCCUAGAAACCGCUGAGCAGUGAGUAGGUCCCCUCUCCUGAUGCUGGUUACGGAGUCCUGGGUGCUGCCCACCUCCAGUUUCACCCUGAGUGGGCAGGUGACACUCUGAGUCCAGGGGAGCUGAGCAGUCAGGUGUCUGGGGCAAGGCCUGGGGCUGGAUACCUCCUCGUGGGGAAGGAAGGUCCCCCUGCCAUCCCCUUCCAUCAUUAGCACAGAAAGGCCUGAACCCUGACCAUGCCCUCGGGUCUGAGUCCCACCCAGUGUCCUCAAUGUCCCUGUUGGUCCUUCCUUCUUCCUGGAGAACCUCGCAGAGAGUUGCUUUCUGGCCCUCACUUCCAUUCCCUCUUCGUGGAUCUCUCCCGAUUAUAAAUCUGACCGGCCAUUCCCUUCUGAAAACCCACCAGCACUCCCCAUACACUCCAGAUUCACGAGCGGAGCCUUCGGCCGGCCUCACAGGCCUACCUGCUGGGCAUCGGCCCCCUCCCCAGUCUUGCUCUCGCCACUGGCCUCCCCCCUCCGAGCUCCAGCUCCGCGGUUUGGCUGGUUGGGUGUUUUGGCUGGUUGGGUUUUGCUUUCCAGAUGCAUCUUUGUGUCUCUGCCUCCUCUGUGGCUCCGCGGGUGCUAUCCCUCAGUCUGGAGCACGCUGUCCUCCCUCCACGGGCCCCCUGGCACUUUUGUCUGGUGAACUCAGCAGGUUAGAUUCCCCUCCCCUGGCCUCUGCUUCCCCAUCACUGCAGUGACCAUCUGUCUUACCAUCUUCUCCUCCCCACCCUGGGGAGUGAGCUUUAGGAGGUCCUUCCUGUGCUCCAUCGUACCCCCAGCACCAAGCACAGAGUGUGAGCCUGGUGAAUAAAUGAGUGAAUGAAUAAGUGUGGGAGCAAGCCUGGGCCCUAGAGUCAGGCUGAUGUGGCCCCCAGCUCAGCCGUAAGCUGGGUGACCUUGAACAAGUCCUGUUCCCUCCCUGAGCACCCAUGUGUUCCUCUGAAAAUGACCAUUCCUGCUGCGCCUCCUGCAUGGGUAGGCCCUCCCCCUCCUCCUGGACUGGUUCCGGAGGUGGCCAGUUCCUGUGGACUCUUGGGCCCUGGGUACCCCCAGGAGGGCAGGGGCCCCAGAGCCUCCACCCUCCCACCCUGAUGGCCAGAGGGGAAAGAGGGGUCAGCAUCCCCAGACUACAAAUGACCUUGCAUCCUGUGGUCCAGGGUUAAUUUUUUAAAAACAGCUCAAAGUCCAGGUGGGCUUUGGAAGAGUUUGCUCUCUCUGUUUGCCCUGGUUAAUCAUCUCAGGAAAGCACACAUCCCUGGAGGCAGGCAAAGAGAUCAACAUCCAGGCAUCUGCCCUCCCCCCAGGAGAGGCUGUGUAGCUGAAUAAGCGUCCUGUCCAAAAGAGGCCAGUAUCUGUCUUUACCCCUCUGUGGCCCGGCCUUCCCGUGGGGCCAGUGCGGUUGACAGCCCUAGUGCAGAGCUGCGGGGAAGAGCAGAGGAGCCAUCAUGGGGCCAUGGGCAAGCUUCAGAGGAGGGCUCUAUUCCUACUGAGUCAUUGUGGGUUUUUCACACUCAUAGUAGCUCGGUUUCUCCGGACAGACCUGGAGUUCAU